AUGCUCAAACACACUCUGCACUACGCUGAUUAUUCGUCAUGGACUGCAAGUGAGGUAGUUUCCUUGUACAUGCACCUUAAACAAGGAACUCGAAAGAAUAGGCACCACCUUGCCUUCUUGUAUUUCCUAGGGUGUGAUGGUACCUUGGUUGAUGCUAUUGUUACGAGUUCUAAAAAGGAUGCUCCAAGUAGCCUUUCUGGAUCACCUGAGUACGUAGUUUCAUUUCAUAGAAUGAUGCUAUUAUAUCCUAACAUAGACAUGAUUGAAGCUGUGAACAAGGUGGUUGAGAACAAAAGAAAAUCAGCAAAAAAGAGAAUCAAAUCUCUUCUCAAGCAAGAAGGUGCAAUCGAUAUCAUAUUCAAAUUACUAUUCAGACAUGAAUGUCUCAUGGAAAGCAGCACUUUUAUUGAUUCAAAGCUAAGCUGCGCUCUAGUGGAAACAACCUUUGCUCACGUUUUAAAACGAGGCGAUGGCUUUAUUUUCGACCUAGUCGACCCCAUAUUAUUCAAAGUAUAUUUUCAGACUAUGUUUGAAGCAUACAGAGGUCCAAUGUGGGAAUAUAUCUCUGAACACAAAGAAAAUAUAGAAAGUGUGUUUGAAACAUUUAUUAUGAUGCUCUUGCUAGAGGAGAGCUAUCAUUCUAAGGAAAAUUCAAUCAAAACAACUUCCUUAUUUGCUGAACUUCCGAAAUCCUACCAGAAUUACACACUAGCUCUAAACACAUUCGUUAGAGAUCCAACACUCAACAAAAAGACUGGUAAUUCCUCUCUUAUACCAGGAUUAUGGUAUGCCAUGUUAGAUAGUUUUUUUGCAGAUUCAUUCUCAAAGCCAGAUGAUAGUAUGGGUCCUGAUGGAGUAUUUUUCUUGAAGCCACUUAACAAUAAUGAUAAACCAAUACUUGUUAUGGCUGCAAUGACUACCGUUUCAGAUCUCAUUACAGACAAAUAUCAACCAGAGGAAGCCUUACGAUUAUAUGAAACAACAGAUCCUAAAAACAUUGGUGUUUGCAGGAAUAAGAACAGCUACAAACAAGAAAUAGAUUUGGAUGUUCAGCACAUGUCCCAGAAAUUUAACUUAAGAAAGAGACGUUGUUUGAGGUGGUUGGUAUGCCCUUUUAUGAAGCCACCAGGGAUUGAGUUUAUUAGAAAUAAUUACAGAAAUAGACUAAAACCUUUCCAAGAUGAUCUACAUGAUCUUAUCAUUACUACUAAACAGGACAUUGAUCUAUGCAUAUCAAAGUUCCAAAAUAAGCCAUAUCACUCUUUUAUUGAGAAUAUUUGGGAUUAUUGUUGUAGAAAAUAA